AUGCGUGACUAUCAAUUGGAGGCGGAUAAUUGGAAGGGACAGUAUGACGGUCUUCAAAUUGAUGUGGAAACCUUAGAAGAAAAUAAAAGUACCUUGGAGCAGCAGGUAAGGACCUUGACUUCAAAGCUGGCAGUUGUAAAAGCUUCCUCAAGUCAAGCAAGUAAAGAGAAGUUACGUCUUGAAACCUCUUUUUCUGAGCAACAUUCCAAGGCUAGUGAGGAGAUUAGAGAGUUGAAGGCUCUCUUGGCUGAGAAAGAAGCAUAUGCUGGAGAACUCGUCCAAACACUGACUCAAACUCAAGAAGACUUCCGGGAAUCUUCUGAUAAGGUUCUCUUUUUAGAGAAUUCUCGCCAUGAUACCCUCGUUCAAGUUAGCCAGGAGAACUUCAACUUAGAAUCUGAGUUAGCCAAGAUCAAAGAGGCUCUCGAGAAGACUCAGCAGAACCAAGAUUUCUCUUCUCCCAUGGCUGAAGUUUCUGAACAAGUUGAAGAUGAUAGUAUCCCCACUCCUUCAAGUCAAGCUGAGCCGCCCGCUGCUGUUGAUGUCCCUGUUUUAGUUCCUUCAAGUUCCCAGUGA